UACAAAGGUCCAGAGCUUACGACAAGGAUCUGGUGGAGUAGUGGAUUCUAGCCGUGUUGGGGUAGAGUCCGGGAGGCAUCGGCUGUGUAGCCGAGUGAUCACAGAGUAGGCCGGGAGGUGGGCCUGGCUCAGGGCUAGCUUUGGGGCUGGGUCACUCCGUGGCAGCUAGCUUUGUUAUUGCUAACAAAAGCAAUGCAAAUCAUGUUAAAUGAUGCAAGGUGAUUCAAAGGUUUUCCUCAGUGUCUUCAUUUUGCAUGUUUUCGUGUUGACCUAGGAAAGUCCUUGAAUAAGUUCCUCAUUUGGCAAACAAUGGAUUAGACUGAGAUAUUUCCAUAACUUUUCUUCUCCCUUUUUUCAGAUGCUACAAUGACAUCUAACCUGACAUCCCCCCUGUUUCUUCUGGACUGUGGCUCUUUCAAUUAUCACGACCUAGAUGUGGUUAUCCCAUGUCUGUACUUUGCAAUGUUCCCGCUUGCCUUGAUGUUGAAUGGGGUCGCGUCCUGGGUCUCCCUGCACCUGAGCUCAACCUCCAACUUCAUGGUGUAUCUGAAGAACCUUGUGGCCGCUGACCUUCUCAUGACCCUGACCAUGCCUAUUGUGGCGGCCAGUAAACUUCCUACGUCAUCUGUGGGGUUACGACUGUUCUCCUGUCGCUACUCAGGUGUCAUCUUCUACACAUGCAUGUACACAAGCAUCACUCUACUGGGCCUCAUCAGUCUGGACCGCUUCUUCAAGAUCGUCAGGCCCUGUGGCAGGUUGUUGGGUCAGAACCUGGUCUUCGGUAAGGUACUGUCUGUCUCUGUGUGGGUGGCGCUGUUUGGAGCCACUGCUCUCCCUACCAUUAUCCUGACCAAUCAGGGUGCCAGCAACAAGACGGAUGCCUCCUGUAUGUCCAUGAAGAGCCCAGCCGGGGUCAGACUUCACACAGUGGUGGUUGUGUUCAUGGAUGUCUUGUUCUGGGCCGUGAGCAUACUGGUUGUAGUUUGCUACAUGUGCAUCACCAACAAGGUCCUCAAGUCCUUCAGAAACUCCGGCAGCAAAAACAGCCAGGGCAAGCAAAAGACAAAGGUCCGUGUCUUCCUGGUUCUGGUCGUGUUCUCUGUUUGCUUCAUUCCAUUCCACAUUGUGCGGAUCCCACACACUAUUCAGCAGACCAACAAUGUCAAGGCCUGUUCUCAAGUCUCCAUCAGCAUCGCUCAAAAGGUGACCCUGUGGCUGUCCACCGUCAACAUCUGCCUGGACCCACUCCUCUACUUCUUCCUGUGCAGGGAGUUCAGAGAGAAACUUAUGGGGAUGCUGAACCGAGGAGGGACACCUUCACAAAUAACAUCAGGCACCACAGAGAAUCGCUCAACAUAGACAGGGAGAAGUAUCA